AUGGAAGAAAAUAGAGAGAGCUAUGGCCUCGCAGAGGGCAAGAUUUUGUCUAUCUGGAUGAUUUUGUUUGUGGUGUUAAUUUUGUUGCCUUCGAUGUUUAGAGUGUCAUUGGGGAUUUCUCAUUUCUAUGUGAAAAUUCUAAUAAAAAUAUUAGAGUGGGCCACCCUGCAGAUUGAGGAGGGAGUAAAAAAGCAGAAGGCGCUGGCACUCGAAAAUUUAAUCUCCACUGGGAUCAUCCAGAGACAGGAAACCUCCAUGGAAGAGGAGAUUGCUGGCCAGCACCGAGGAUGCUUCAACCUUGCUGAUGUUAUGUACUUCUCCAAGAAGGGGUGUGAGGCAAUUGCAGAAGACGAAGUCACCCGACGGUUCUCCUCCGAGGAGCUGGUGUCCUGGAAUCUCCUCAGCAGAACCAAUGCCAGCUUGCACCGUGUCAGCUGGCAAUUGAGCGUUGUGUGGGUCAUUGGGAUCCUAUUUCGGUAUUGUCUCCUGGUGCCUUUUCGUGUCUGCUUGGCUGUUUUCAGCAUCCUCUUGCUGGUCUUGGCCACUACAGUAGUAGGACAGUUUCCAAACGGCAGAGUUAAACGCUGGCUGAGCAACCAGGUUCAGAUGAUAUGUGCCACGUUAGGCAUCCGAUGUCUGAGUGGUCUUGUUCACUUCCACAACAGGGAAAACAGACCGCAGGAAGGAGGCAUCUGUGUAGCCAACCACACGUCUCCACUAGAUGUUCUAAUCCUGGCCAGUGAUGGAUGCUAUUCCUUGGUUGGCCAGGCACACGGAGGACUUCUGGGGCUUAUUCAAAAAUCUUGCAUGCAAACUUCUCAGCAUGUUUUGUUUGAACGCUCAGAAAUGAAAGACCGUCAUCUGGUGAGGAAAAAGAUUAGAGAACACAUUGCAGAUAAGGCCAAAUUACCCAUUUUAAUUUUCCCAGAAGGCACCUGCAUAAACAACACAUCAGUAAUGAUGUUUAAGAAGGGAAGCUUUGAAGUAGGAGGGACCAUCCAUCCGGUAGCAAUCAAGUAUGACCCCCGCUUUGGAGAUGCGUUCUGGAACAGCACAAAGUAUUCCGUGAUGACCUACGCUUUUAAUGUGAUAACCAGCUGGGCUAUCGUCUGUAACGUGUGGUACUUGCCACCAAUGGUCAAAGAGGAAGAAGAAGACGCCGUUCACUUUGCCAACAGAGUCAAGUCUGUCAUUGCUGCUCGGGGAGGAAUGUCUGUGCUUCCUUGGGAUGGGGGACUGAAAAGGAAAAAGGUCAAAGAGUCUUUCAAGGAAGAGCAACAGAAAAAAUAUUGCCAGAUAGCAAUAGAAAAUGGAUCUGUGGGAAACGGAAAUGUUUAUUAA